ACGCGCUCGAACGAUCUCACGCACGCUCACCAUGCACGGCAUCGCCUCCUUCUCCGUCACGAUCGCGGGCGUAAAGGCCCGCGUUAAGCGCGCGCCGACAUCGCGCGCGACCCUCCGCGUCGUCGCCCACGGCGGCGUCGGCGGAUCUGGCGGACCCGCCUACGCGGGCAAAGAUAAAGAAUUCGGGAGCGACCAAGCCCCGUGGAAGAAGAAGCUCAUCCUGCACGACGACGACCAGGCGGACCCGGAAGCGAACUCCGGCAGGUCCGGCGGCAAGCCCUGGACCCCUCCUCCCGCCGCGCAAGUCUCCACGGACUCCGGUUUCGGCGGCGGCGCCGCCGCGCCCGCGGCCUCGUCCGGCGGCUGGGACGCGCCCGCGGCUCCUCCCCCUCCGCCUCCGCCGCGCGCGGCGUCCUCCGGCGGCGGCAUCAGACGCGGCGCCGACGGCGUCGUCUACGACCCGGACAACAUCGAUCCGGACCAGGACCGCAGCCGCGGCCAGGCGUGGACGCCGCCGCCCGCGCACCAGGUCGCCACGGACAGCGGGUUCGGCGGCGGCGCCCCCGCGGCCGCGCCCGCGGCGAGCUACGGCGGCGGCGGCGGCAGGGGCGCCGGCCGCGCGCCCGCGCGCGUCUUCCGCGGCAGCGACGGCGUCAUCUACGACCCGGACAACUACGAUCCGGACAACAACUAG